CAAUUUGAAAAUCGUUGUUCGCCUUCACAGAGAGGAGAGAAGCUGCACGAAGAGGAAGAAAGACAAAGAUUAAGGCCAAAUCUGUGUCAAAACAAAGUUUCAGUGAUGUUAUCCGGGGAGGACGGCGCGCAGCUGCAGUGCUGUGUGACGGUGGAGCAGCUCAACAUCUCGGGCCAGGCCACCCGGAGGCAGGUCAUCCGUAAAGCCUCUGUGGUUCUGGGCCGGAACGAGUUCCAGGAGAUCAUCCUGCGGAUCCACGACGGGAAAGUCCCGCAAAAUUACCAUCUGAAAGAGUUCAAACUCUUCACAAAGUUCGUCAGAGAUGGGAAGUGCACUGUCAAACUGCUCCGUGAAAACAUCCAGGUGCUCAUCUCCAACUGUCCCCCGGACCGGCUCAACAUCUUCCUCAAAACCCUGAGCAUCAAGCACCAGGCCCUGCAGGGCACGAAGCCUCUGAGCGACCGAGAGAAGCUCAAAGCCGGUCUGCCCCGCAGCUUCGAGGCCAUCAGCCCCCUGCAGCAGAGGGACAUCCAGAAAGUCAACGAGCUGAGGAGCAAAGAGGCUCCCAGAGGACUGACAGACCGCACCAAUAAGACUGCUGCUGCAGGGACAGGACAGCAGGUGAAGAGGUCCAGGAGUGAAACUAACUUCAGCCCAGUGAAGGCCAACCCAAACAAAAAGCCCACUCUCUCUCUGCCAUCACGUAAGCUGAACAAAGACCAGGCUGCUGUCCUCAGUGCUGUGCUGAGCGGCAAAAACGUCUUCUUCACUGGAAGUGCGGGUACAGGGAAGUCCUUUUUACUGAAAAGGAUCAUGGGAUCUCUUCCUCCAAAGAGCACCUUUGCAACCGCCAGCACUGGAGUGGCUGCGUGUCACAUCGGAGGAACAACGUUACACAGCUUUGCUGGUAUCGGCUCCGGCUCUGCCCCACUGGAGCAGUGCAUCGAGCUGGCUCAGAGGCCUGGCGUGCUGCAGCACUGGACCAGCUGUCGGCACCUCAUCAUCGAUGAGAUCUCCAUGGUCGAGGCCCAGUUCUUUGACAAGCUUGAGUCAGUUGCCAGGUCUGUGAGGAGGUCAACUGAGCCGUUUGGAGGCAUCCAGCUGAUCGUAUGCGGUGACUUCCUCCAGCUGCCUCCCGUUUCUAAGGGAAAGGAAAAGGCCAGCUUCUGCUUCCAGGCCAGGAGUUGGCGUAAGGUAAUCCAGGUCAACAUGGAGCUAAUGGAGGUGCGGAGGCAAACUGACCAGUCAUUCAUCUCUCUCCUGCAGGCAGUGAGAGUGGGCAGGGUGACAGAGGAAGUCACCGCCAAGCUGAUGGAAAGCGCAUACCAUCACAUCGAGAGGGACGGCAUUCUGGCGACCAGGCUGUGCACACACAAGGACGACGUGGAGCUCACCAACGAGAACAAACUCCAGCAGCUGCCAGGGUCAGUGCGUGUGUUUGAGGCUCUGGACAGCGACCCAGCCCUGGUGAAGACGAUAGAUGCUCACAGUCCCGUCAGCAGACUGAUCCAACUCAAAGUGGGAGCUCAGGUCAUGCUAACAAAGAACCUGGAUGUCGCUCGAGGACUGGUGAAUGGGGCACGAGGAGUCGUGGUGGCUUUUGAGUCCGGAAAACAUGGACUCCCACGCGUGCGUUUCAUGUGUGGCGUCACAGAGGUGCUGAAGCCCGAGCGCUGGGUGUUUAAGUCUGGCGGUGGGAUCCACCUGAGUCGACAGCAGCUGCCACUCAAACUGGCCUGGGCCAUCUCCAUCCACAAGAGCCAGGGAAUGACACUUGACUGCGUGGAGAUCUCUCUGGCACGUGUGUUUGAGAGCGGCCAGGCUUAUGUGGCCUUGUCUCGGGCUCGGAGCCUGGAAGGCCUGCGGGUGAUGGACUUUGACCCCAGUGUUGUCAGGGCAGAUCCAGAUGUUCUUGUUUUCUACAAGAAACUGAGGAAGGAGAGGAUGCUUAUGCAGGCCUCCAUGGAUGAUUUUCUUGGCAGCAGCAACAAAGAAAACUUGUGGUGAGAAGGUGAAUUCAUCUACAUCUCCUGUGAUAUUAUGCACUGUGUGCAUGGUUAUCUGUAUGAUACCAUACUGUUUAAUUCCUUUUGGGAAAAUGUAGUUUUCUUAAAUGACUGUAACAAUCACAGAAAUCUGCAAUCACGGUCUACCUCACGAUUCCUGUUUUAACUGGCAGUACUCGAAGUCACACUGCCACCUCCUGGUUAUUUGUAUUUUUAAGAGCUUAUUUUUAUACACUGAUUUUUAAUUUAUUAUAAUGAUGGUGGCAUCUAUUUCAAUAAAGUUUUAGUCAGCUUGGAGUUUUUUUCAUUGAGCACUCUUAGUGCUGUUUUGAACCACUACACAUAAUAGUGGGAAAUACAUUUUAAUCUUGUCACAAUUUA